CCAACGACUCACUCCCCCCCUUACUCCCGGGCGUCUUCUUCCCAGAAAAGAGAAGAUAAGCGAGAACGUACGAGCCGCCGGGGUUCCACUGACAAUGGGAGAACGCUGCUAGUAGUACGGAGUACAUCCCUUUGGCUGCUUCUGUAACCGAAUUCAAUAGAGCUAGGAUCCUUGCGCCGGCCAUUGUUGGUCUGCGGACUUAUAGGUGAGGCGGAGUGAUGGAGGCCAGGAUGCCGAGGGUGUCGCGGCUCCGGAGGCUGCUGGGGCGUGUCUCCGCGGCGCCGGAGCGGCUUGCUGCCGGGGACAGGGACAGGGAGAGGGAGGAGAAGUCGCCGGCGCCGGAGGCGGAGGUCGGGUCGGCGGGGCUGGACCGCAUGGUGCGGAGCUUCAUGGAGGACGCCGCUACCCCCGCCGUGGAGCGAGGGCCGCCCCCGCGCGCAGGCCGCUGCGGCAACUGCUGCUUCAACGGGAGCGCCGCCAACUCCGACGGCAGCGACGACGAGGACGAGGAGCUCGUGUUCGACUUCCUCCCUUCCAUCUCCGGCCAAUCCGCCUCCUCCGCCGCCGUAGGAGACACCUUGGAGGCCCUCAAGGGUUUGGUGCAGAGCACGAGCUUGGCGGAGCGCAACCUCCUGGCGGACGCGUCCAGGGUCGCCGAGCGGUGCCGCGGCGGCGGCAAGCAGCAGCAGAAGAAGAAGGGCGACCUCCGGCUGGCCGUGGCCGACGGGCUCCGGGCGCUCGGUCACGAUGCCGCCGUCUGCAAGUCGCGGUGGGACAAGGCCCCUUCCUUCCCCGCAGGGGAGCACGAGUACAUCGACGCCAUGGUGGAAUCGGAAUUUGAACUGGAUGCGGCGAGGCUGAUUGUGGAGGUGGACUUCCGGGCGGAGUUCGAGGUGGCGCGGCCGACCAAGGCGUACCGGGCGGUGCUGCAGGCGCUUCCGGCGGUCUUCGUGGGCACGCCGGACCGCCUCGGCCGGAUCGUGGCAGUCGUCGCCGAGGCUGCGAGGCAGAGCCUGAGGAAGAAGGGCCUCAGCUUCCCCCCGUGGCGCAAGCCCGAGUACAUGCGGGCCAAGUGGCUCUCCCCCCACGCCCGCUGCUCCUCCGGCCUCGACAAGCAGCAGCAGCAUCCGCCGUCGACGCCGGCCGCGACGCCGGUGUCCGCCGCGAGCUUCACCGGCGAGUUCGAGCUGCGGUUCGACGGGGAGACGACCAAGGGGCACGAUUCAGGCGGCGGCGGAGCGCAGAAGAUCACGGUGGUUGUGUCGCCGUGGCGCCCGUUGGAGCCGGAGGUGACCAGGAAGAAGAGGCCCGUCAUCGCCGGGCUCACCUCUGUGCUCUGACCGCGGCGUGGUCUGAGCAACCACUAGUGGGAAUUUUCCUCAUCUUUUUUUCCUCUUUUGUCUGCGUUUCUUGAUCCGUCCGAGAUCCAGCUCGUGGCGUUUUCGCAGUUUUUCUCCUCCUUUUUUUAUUAGAAGAGUAAAAACAAAUCCGUUUUCCUUCUUUUUUUCAAUUUACUUUCGGUUUUCAUAAAGAGAGCAAGGAAUAAUCGUGCAGUUUAUCUUUUUGCCAAUUCCUUGCCCCUUUUUAUAACGGAAGUACUGGUAGUACUAUGAACAUAUGAGAUUAUUAAAUAUGAACAUACUGUGCUGCUAAUUGUACUGUAUUAAAAUCUGAUCUGCUAUUAAACCA